GUCUCUCCGGCCCUCACCCUGGCUGUGCCCUCUCUUUUCUCUCUCACUCUCCACUGUUUGUUGUGCUACUGAAAACUGUCAAGCCAGAAAGGACUACUUCCUCUUCCUUUGGUUUUUGGAUACCCGCUCCAUGCUUCAGCAUGGCUGACCGCACCGUACCCCACGCUUACCCCAUGAGUAUGAACUAUGAGAUGUGCACUCCUGCUCGGAUCUAUGACCAGAACUUUGCAGAAGCACUGAGUCCUCAGGACCUGAUGGCUCCAGUCUUGUACCACGGCUACUACAUCAGGCCCCGAAUCAACAAACAGCUGGAGAGGGGCUUCUCUCAGGUGGACAGCGAGGAUGACUGGUACCGUAUUCAGCUGGACGUCUGCCAGUUCACCCCAGAUGAGCUAAAUGUACGCACGGUGGACAACCUGCUGGAGGUGACCGGACGCCAUUCGCAGAGAAUGGACCAGCACGGCUUUGUGAGCCGCGAGUUCACGCGAACCUACAUCCUUCCCAUGGGUGUGGACCCACUACUGCUCCAAGUCUCCCUCUCACACGACGGCAUACUGUGCAUUCAGGCACCAAGGAAGGUCCAGGAUCUGGAGCCAAUGAUCAAUCAGCUCAAGAUCAGAGUGGACAAGAAGGGAGGGAAGAGCAGCUAGAGUGGACAGAUAUUUAGAUCUUUUUACUAAAGGAAGUAAACAUUAGCUUUUGGGAAUAAAGUAAUACCCAGCCUUUUCUCUGAUUUCAUAUCCCCAUGCUCACUUCCUCAAGCUGCUUUUGUCUUUGGAAAGUCAACGCAGUGGCAGAGAGUUACCAUUUUCAAUGGCACAGUCUGUUAAUUAUGGGUAGUGUCUUUUUUUGCAGAUUUGAUUUUGCCAAAGUACCACUGAAAGAAAAUUAAAAGCGUGGAGGGCUGGAUCUCUCUCACUGAUGUCACAUACAUGCUUUUCCAGCCACAAAGAGAGUGAGCUUGAUUUGCUAAGUUGUAGGAUUUGAAGUGGGUGGAGUCAGUGGGUGGAUGGUUAAAGCAUAGUUUGCACUUGGUUGUGUUUUUUUGUGGCUUUUGCUACAUAGAAUGCUGGCAGCUAUGAAAAAGCUAGGGAUGCCCAAUUGGAUUCAGCAAAGAUUGGAAUCAGCUGACUUUUUCCUCACAAAUACAACUGGCAAUCAC